AUGGCGGACACAAAUGAUCCAACCUCUUCCUCGAGCACACUUGAGGCCACUACGAACUCCGAGCACAAUACCCAGCAACACUCACACACACAAUCCGCCGACAACACAUCGACACAGCCUCAACAGUCGUCGAACGAAGAUCCAGCCCUCGACACCCAGCUCGACCGCGACCUCGACGCCGAGAUCAAUCCGACCACCAACACCAACACCGACUCUAUGAUGAUGGACGGCAUCGAUGCCACUCGGUCUUCCAUAGCUCCAGCAGCUGGCGGAGAACCUAAUGGUCUACCAAACAUACCAGCAGUUGCAGAACCUCGGAUACCUCAGAAGAAAGACACCUCCCUGCGUGAGUUCCUAGGCAAGAUGGACGACUACGCACCCCUCAUCCCGGACGCCGUCUCAGACUACUACUUCACUCUCGCUGGUCUUCCUCCCCCACCAGAGACCGAUCGCCGCCUAGCGCGCCUCCUCGCCCUUUCAACCCAGAAGUUCAUCGCAGACAUUGCAGCAGAUGCGUAUCAGUACAGCAGGAUACGGAGCACCAACACCACAAGUAACAACCCCAUGACUGGUCUUGGUGGCGCUGCAGGCUUUGGUAUGAACCUGCCUCAAGGCAGUGAAGGUGAGGGUGGCGGCAAGGGAAAGAAGGACGCAGGCAAGGCAGCUCCACUGGGUGGACCGCGAGCUGGAUAUGGUGGAGGUGGAGGUGCUGGUGGUCAGGGCAGAACGGUGCUGACUAUGGAGGAUCUUGGCAUGGCCGUCGGCGAGUACGGCGUGAACGUGAAGAGAGGCGAGUUCUACAGAUGA